GCGACUCGAAAAACCACCAUCCAUUCAUUCCACUGCACCCAUUUCUCACACUCCCCGAUCCCCUCUCGCCGUUCGCCAGCUCGUCUCCUUCCUUCCUCCCCGACGUCGCGAACUUGAUCUAGAGCGUUCCUGCGGCCAAUGGCGACCUCUACGGGGCCCAUGGCGCCCCACGCGGCCUGCCCCUUCAGCCCGGUAGUUCUCCGCCGGGCGCCGCGGCUGGUGCGUCUCGCCGCGCCUCGCCGCGCGGCUGCCGCCACCACCAGCUGCGUGCUCACUGAUGCCCCCCAGGGGAUCAAGAUGGAGCCGUCGGGUGCGCCCUCCCCGGAGUCUUCGACUGUGGUGGCGCCGCGGAGGGACGUUGGCCCGGAUACGGUGGCGUCCAUCAUCCUCGGGGGAGGCGCUGGCACGCGCCUUUUUCCGCUCACACGGACGAGGGCUAAGCCCGCGGUGCCUGUCGGGGGUUGUUACAGACUGAUCGAUAUUCCCAUGAGCAACUGCAUAAACAGCAAGAUUAACAAGAUCUACGUUCUCACCCAGUUCAAUUCCCAGUCUCUCAACCGGCACAUUGCGCGGACAUAUAACUUUGGCGAGGGAGUUGGUUUUGGUAAUGGAUUUGUGGAGGUGCUUGCGGCUACCCAAACAGCAGGGGAAUCCGGAAAGCGAUGGUUUCAGGGAACAGCGGAUGCUGUCAGGCAGUUCCUAUGGCUGUUUGAGGAUGCAAGGCUCAAACGCAUAGAGAACAUACUGAUUCUAUCUGGUGAUCAUCUUUAUAGGAUGGAUUACAUGGACUUUGUGCAGAAACAUGUUGACUCUGGUGCCGACAUUUCAGUUGCAUGUGUUCCUAUGGAUGAGAGUCGAGCUUCUGAUUUUGGAUUGAUGAAGACUGACAGGAAUGGUCGCAUUACCGAUUUUCUUGAAAAGCCCAAGGGUGAAAGUUUGAAAUCAAUGGUAGUAGAUAUGGAAAUAUUUGGUUUGUCUCCAGAAGUUGCAAAUGUGUAUAACUACUUGGCUUCCAUGGGAAUAUAUGUAUUCAAGACCGAUGUGUUAUUAAGACUUCUGAGAGGCCAUUAUCCAACAGCUAAUGAUUUUGGCUCAGAAGUUAUUCCGAUGGCCGCAAAAGACUACAAUGUGCAGGCUUAUCUAUUUGAUGGUUAUUGGGAAGACAUUGGGACCAUAAAGUCCUUCUUUGAGGCAAAUCUUGCUCUCACAGAUCAGUCUCCGAACUUCCAUUUUUAUGAACCUGUGAAGCCCAUUUUUACAUCUCCCAGAUUUUUACCUCCAACCAAGGUGGAAGAUUGCAAGGUUUUGAACUCUAUAGUUUCACAUGGAUGUUUUCUAACAGAGUGCAGCGUUGAGCACUCUGUUAUUGGUAUCCGCUCAAGAUUACAACCAGGGGUACAGCUAAAGGAUACCAUGAUGAUGGGGGCAGAUUACUAUCAAACUGAAGCUGAGAGAUUUUCUGAACUUUCUGAUGGAAAAGUUCCGGUUGGUGUUGGAGAAAACACCAAAAUAAGGAACUGUAUUAUUGACAAGAAUGCUAGAAUUGGGAAGAAUGUGGUCAUUAUGAAUUCAGAGAAUGUGCAAGAAGCAGACAGACCAUCGGAGGGAUAUUAUAUUCGUUCUGGGAUAACUGUGGUGCUUAAAAAUGCAGUUAUUCCAGAUGACACAAUUAUCUAGAAGAUCAGCACAGGAAAUAUCUUCAGAUACCAAUCCAUGCAGAUGUGUUGCAUUUGAAGGAUAUUGUCAAAGCGGAACCAUGCAGUGAAUAAACUUCAGUGGCUCGAAUACCACCAGGAUGCCGAUCCUGCUAAACCUGAGGAUUGAACACCUGCACCGCAGCACUGGCGCGGCCAAAACAUUGUGGUUCUUCCAAGCUUCCCAGGCAAUGAUUUGGAGGAUCAUCUUGGAGCAUCAACAGUUCACUAUGAGAUUACAAGCAUCGCCUGGCACGCAGGGGACAUGUUUGGAUGUGUUCACAUCGGAAACUGUAUAUGUUGAAGCCAGCUAUAGCUGGAGUGUGAGGAGAACGCUGAUACAUUGUAUUGCAUGUUAAGAAACGAACAAUUAAAUAAAGAAUGCAUUUCUGUUGCUUUA